CCGGGCCUUGUCACUCUCCUUGAAAGGGACGCAAUCAUGCAUUCAUCAGUCAGAUUGUCUCGCCUGAUUGAUACGCUGCAAAUGGUUCGUGGUCGUUACUGCUGAUGCUAAUGCUUUGUCACGCCAAUCGAGCCUUUUCCCUGUCCUCCUCACCUGUUCUCUUGCCUUUCGUCUUUCCUUUCCUUUGUAUCAAUCAAUCCGCCUAUCUAAUCUCAUCACGAACCACUUCUGUACGAACAAAAUUCAAUUGACCAGUGAACCACAACGACACGAUGUAUCUCGCGCCUGCGCUGGUCGCCGGUGCCCUGGCCUCGAGGGCAUCCGCCUUCCUGUUGCCCCUCGAAGUCACCAAAGCUGCCGCACGACCCGCCUUCGAGGUGAAGCCUCCUCCAUCCGUGGUUAUGGUCGGUGGCUCUGUUGAUCUUGAUUGCCACGACUGCCCGUUCGUCGAUCCAGAGAACCCAUCCGUGGUGCAGGUGGGCGUCGAAAGUAAAAUUCAACUGGAAUUCACGAUCGACUCCGAAGACCGUCUGAACAUCAAUGAUUUUCCAGUCUACCCUCACGAAUCCGACGCAUCCAACUCCUCCCCCGUCUUUGUGACGACUCGUCAGAUAAGGGCCGAAGAUGGUCAAGAGUCGGAUCCCGUCCAGUUGGACUUUGCUUUGGAGGCUCUGGAGCCCAUUAGAUCCAUUCACAGCCCUGAUGCUACUCUUCAACCCCUACGAUUCACUGUGCUUGGUCUCCAAGGUCGUCCGGUGAAAGUCGAUACUAUUGUUGUCGAUCUCCUUCAAACACCCGAUCAGGCUGUGAUUGCCAGAUUCUCUCAAAUUCCCUUCGAAUUGACCCCUGGAGCUAAGACUUGCGAUACCUCCUCACAGUGGUCGCUCUGCCGUGUGAGGGCCAUUGUUACCGCUCGUCUGCAGUCCAUCAUGGCAGCCGCUAGAGCGCGUGCCCACGGAGCCCACGGCUGGAUCAAGAACGGAAAGGGUUGUCAUGGCAGAAAGUUUGGUGGUAUGGGUAGACACCACGGCCAUCACCGCCAUGGCCAUCAUAUGGGUGGCUGGAGUCGUCACCACCGCUUCCAUCGAUUUGGCCACAUCCUGCACCAAACAAUUCGCUUCUUUGUCAUCCCCGCACUCUUGGGUAUCAUUGGAGGCUUGAUGGCUAGCGCUGUUGGUAUGCUUGUUGGUCAGAUGAUCUCAUAUCUUUGGAUUCGUUUCCAUCGACGUGGUCAGAGAGGAAACGCCAGCGCCCGUACGGUUGAGGUUGCGAUUGAGGAGGAAGAGAAGGGGGCGUUAAUGACUGAAGACAUUCCACCUCCACCCAAAUACCAGGAUUUGGAAGCCUGUGCCGAAGAAGUCGAGGAAGUGACCGACGAGAAACACUGAACGAAUCGUCUCGGAAGGGCAAACGCGUUAUUGUGACCAAAGAAAUACAACUCUACUGGGCAGCCAAGUACUGGACUACAAGGAUUAUGAGAUACCCAAGCAUUGCAGGUGUUUAAUUGAGGAAGACUCGUGAAAUGAAGUGCAGACGCGACCUGAUUGUAUGGACAUCAGAAGGAGGACUGGUUACGUGGAGUUAUCACCGGUGACCAGGGUUACGGUAUAUUUGACUCGGUAUAACUAGCCAAUGCGGCGACGUUGCGUUGAAGUAGCAAUUAAGAACACAUAGGGACAAAGUGGCGUGUGCUCGAAGAGGAAGCUUUGAGUGGUUCUAUCGAAGGGUAUGUAGGCUUUUAAUUCACUUGGUGAACCUUGACAGUAGAAUUGACACUAUGAAUAUCAUGAAAAGGUUGCGGAGUAAA